GGAUUUGAUAACUGAACUAGAAGUUUAGUCAAGAACUAGAAAGAAAGAAAAAAAAGCAGCAUAAAAAGUGAAGGGGUUUGGUAUUUGAUCAACUGGGUUCCUGCCAUGUGUCAACUCUUCCGAGCAUACCCUCUCUGCACCAUCAUCAACUGCACAAAAAUCUUAACAAGAUCGAGUGGAUGGAUGUCUGCGGUUGUUCGGAGAGGAUGAUGUGUCUGUUUCCUUCUCGAGUAACCCCACCUGUAAUGAGAGUUAGUUGGCACCACAAGAAUUUCUGGUGAAAAAAAGGGCUUCAGAUUUUCUAUUAGUUUCUUUGAUCCUUGGAGGUGAAGAAAAAAAUAAAUAACAAAAAUGGAGCCAUUAAAUCAGAAGUCAGUGGAGAGAGCUGUUUCACAGAAGGCUUUGCAAAUGGGGAGUUCAUUUCCAUGUCAAGUUUGUGUGGUGGGUUUUCUGUGUGGAGUUUGCCUCACUUCUCUGUUUCUUGCUGCUCUCACUUCCUUUGGUACUUUUGAGUUUGGAGGCUUUUCGUUUUCGGCGAUUUCUGAAGGUGCUUCAGCGGGGAAUUCAAGCUCAGAGUUGUUCAUCAAUGUGGUUACAGGCACAAACUGCAGCUCAAGAAGGCAAAUCAGAACCGCGAAAAAAGUUAAUUCGCUGAGAAGUGAAGAAAUGAUCAAUGACGAGAGGGUCUCAUUACUCUAUUCAGCUUGGAGUGCUUUACUAAGUGAAUCAGAUUCCGAAGAAAGUGACAACUUGCAGAGACUUGGAGUAAGCAGAUCCGGCGUGCCAAAUGCUCCUCAUUUGGAAAACUGCAAGUUGAAAACACAAGUAAACGAGCGCCUUGAUAAGCAUGCGGAGAACGAGAAAUAUCCUCCUUGGACGAGUUGGAAGGGAUUGUUGGACAUGUACCCUGCAGCUGCAACUAAUGAGCAGUCGAGAUACUUUAGGCAUCAAGAUAUAUCCGAAGGUGGUUAUGCUCCCUGGAUUACAGGGUCCGAUGAAGAAAACUAUCCCUUGACGCGGAAAGUGCAACGAGACAUAUGGAUGCAUCAGCAUCCUUUGAACUGCAGCGAUCCUAGAGUAAAAUUUCUUGUUGCUGACUGGGAAAGAUUACCAGGAUUUGGCAUGGGAGCGCAGAUCACGGGAAUGUGUGGGCUCUUAGCCGUUGCAAUCAACGAAAGCAGGGUCCUCGUAACCAACUACUACAAUCGAGCUGACCAUGAUGAUUGUAAAGGUUCGUCCCGGUCCAGUUGGUCUUGCUACUUCUUUCCAGAAACAUCCCUACAAUGUCGAAAUCGUGCUUUUGAGCUUAUGGGAAGUGAAGAAGCCUGGAAAAAAGGCACCGUUACAACGAAAGAAAGUUAUAAUACAAAGCAAAUAUGGUCUGGACCUACACCCAAAACAUGGGGCGAUCCGUGGAGUCAUAUGCAACCAACGACAGAAAUAAAUGGGAGUUUGGUUGCUUAUCAUCGGAAAAUGAAUCUGAGAUGGUGGAGAGCACAGGCAGUACGAUACUUGAUGAGAUUUCAAACCGAGUACACAUGCGGCUUAUUGAAUGUUGCUCGCCAUACUGCAUUCGGAAAGGAAGCUGCCCGUAUGGUCGUCAGAAGUUUCGACGGAAAAUGGCCUGAGGAUGUUACAAUCCACGAAAGGUCUGAUAUCGAAGAAUUUGUUUGGUCGAGUCACAAGCCGUGGAUGCCUAGGCCGCUACUCAGCAUGCAUGUAAGAAUGGGAGACAAAGCGUGCGAAAUGACGGUAGUGGAAUUCGAAGAAUACAUGGUUCUUGCUGGCCGCAUUAGAAAGCGCUUCCCGCAGCUUAAGAGCGUUUGGCUCUCCACCGAAAUGCAGGAAGUCAUCGACAAAUCGCAAAGUUACAGUCACUGGGAGUUCUACUACACGAACGUGACACGCCAAGUUGGGAACUCGUCAAUGGCCGCUUACGAAACGAGUCUUGGAAGGGAGACGAGCACGAACUAUCCAAUUGUUAACUUCUUGAUGGCAAGUGAAGCUGACUUUUUCAUUGGAGCAUUGGGUUCAAGUUGGUGCUACCUUAUAGACGGAAUGAGAAACACCGGAGGGAAAGUUAUGGCCGGAUAUUUGAGCGUCAACAAGGACCGAUUCUGGUAGAAAAUUCGUGUAAACUACCAGCAAUGCAGAUAGAUGUGUAAAUCAUUAGCUCAACAACUGUGUUGUCUGUAUAUCAUAAGGCCGGCAGCCCCUCCUACGACUACACCCCCCUCUCCCGUCUUAUCAAUUGGUGUAUAUUCCAAAGAGAUGUAUGUACUUUCUAUUGAAUCUUUAGAAAGUAAGCAUUUUCAUA